AUGUCGCGCACACGUGUGUCUCGACUGAUCCCGCCGCUCACAGGACAAUGGCACAAAGGACAACAAGGUCGUGUGGGCGUACUUGGAGGAUCUUUUGAAUACACGGGGGCUCCAUUCUACGCUGGCGUCUCGAGUCUAAAGACGGGAGCAGAUUUGUGCCAUAUCUUUUGCGUGGAAGAAGCUGCAGUUCCUAUCAAAAGCUACAGUCCAGAACUUAUUGUUCAUCCACUGCUGCGUUCAGACACGUCGUUAACGGGGUUGGACGAGUCACAACGCGCUGAAGUUGUGGUUGAAGCGGUUGCGAAGAUUACACACGUAUUGCUGAGACUAGACGCACUGGUGAUUGGUCCUGGGAUGGGAAGAGAUAACAGUGUGCAAGCUAUUACUCGUCAGAUAAUUGCAAAGGCUAUAGAAGCCAAUUUACCAUUGAUUCUCGACGGUGACGCUCUCUAUUUCGUCAGUCUAGAGCCAAACAUAGUAAAAGGCUACAAGAACGCAAUUCUUACGCCAAAUGCAAUGGAGUACGCACGAUUGUGUGCCACAACUCAACUGUUGCCGACCAUUGAUGUCGCUCAAGCUAUGAAGAUUCCACCGGACCAACUUAGCAAAGCCUUAGGUUUUACGGUGAUUAUUCAGAAGGGCAGUGUGGACGUAUGUUCAGACGGCACGAUCACGCUGAAAAAUAAUGAAUUUGGAUGUCCACGUCGGUGUGGCGGACAAGGAGAUAUUCUCUGUGGAUCCAUUGGCACGUUUGCAGCGUGGGCAAAGCAUGCUGACUUAGAUGAAUUUGAAGGCAAUCCACUCUUGCUAGCUGCUUAUGGAGGUUCUCUCGUGACGAGAGCCAGUGCGUCUCUUGCUUUCAAUGAGUUCCAGCGCUCAAUGACGGCGCCUGACGUUUUGCAAAGCGUAGGGAAAGCAUUUGUCACCGCGUUCCCUAACUCAUGUGACCGAUCAGGCAUUGCGUAG